AUGUCCUCAUCCAACAAGUUUACGCAAGAUAGUCCAAACACCAAGGCAGGCAUUCAAGCAUCCCAGGCCUUAAUCAACUCAAAAAACCUUGACAAGAUAGUGGAUAUUCCACUAGAUUGCUUUAUCGGGGAGGAUUCGAAACUUGACUCGCAAGGUUACCCACUGUAUCCCAAUGGAAACACUGUCUGGAUCAAGCACCCAGAUGUUGAAGCUCCCCUCAAUUUCGGAAAAGUUGGUUUUAGUUACUCAUCAAGAGUCUCAUGGUCAAAGAAUAAACGUAUCAAGUCAACCAAGUUCAAGUGCCUCGGAGUACUGAUGUGCAGUAAUGAUUUAUGUGAUUAUCGUGGGCCACCCCCAACUGGAAAGGGGAAGAUCCCGGAGCUCAUGGCACAACACCCUACCUGCCUUGCACCACGCUGCAGCAAAAAGCUAGCUCACAUAGAUUGUGAAGGCACACACACCCGAGUUGACGUGGAUAUGGUCACAGGCUGGUCGAAACUUACUCAUUCAGGCAUCCAUGGACACCCUUGGCCAGAUUCAAAGAAGCCUGAUCUGUUGUCAAAAGCAAAACUUGCUCAAGUGAUUGUGAAUAACCCGGAUACAGCUCCUUUUCUACUCCGGGUUGGUCGAUCAAACGCAGGGCAGGCUCCUAUCAAGAGUGUAAACCAAAUACAUCCAUCUCUGGGUCAUAAAGACCGUCUGUCUUAUCUUCGGCGUGACAUAUUGGUCAAGGCGGGCCUGAUGCCCGCAAAAGCUAGUGAUGGAGGCGGAGACAAGCUACUUCUAGAUAUGUUUCACUGGAAUCACCAGGGGUUGAAGAUAAUCUCAUCAUCAUUUAUGGACAACGAGGAGCACUUCACCUUCCAGACCCAGUGGAUGGCUGAACGGCUGAUGGAUCGUGACGAAAAGAAUGACGUAUAUCGAGGUGGACUUUUAUCGGAUGUUACAUACAAGUUUUUUGAAAAUGGUUAUCUCCUUACGACAUCUAUGUACUGUGAAGAUUUAAUGAGAUGGAUCCCAGUUCAACUUACUUGGUUGCGAGGUCUCAAAGUCAGCCAUUAUAAAUGUCAUUUUGUCACUCUUCUGAAACAAUUCUUUAAGGCCUCCAUGACAAAGCAUGAAUGCGAGAUCCUUUCUCGCCAAGUUGUAGACUUCUCGAUGUCCCAAAAGGAGGGAUUUGUACAAGCUUAUAUGGAGGUUUUUGGUGAAAGUGACCGUGCCCGGGUCAUGCGAUUGCUGAAAGGUUGUCAGGAGCACUUUCGUCAGCAGGUCACCCGAGUCAAGCGCAACCAUAAAAUCAUUCCACCACGCUUAGAGGCAACGUUGGACCGCCAGAACCUCCGUUAUCGGCGAUUGUCCUCCAUCAUCAUGCUGAAUCAACCAUUAGGACACCUCACCAUCAUGUACGAUGAUGAUGUGACCAACUGGUUGCAUCAUCAACUCAUUCGACGAACCCCCACCCGGACGAAGAUGACCGAGUCAGAUGUUUUCAGUCCUACCCCUGAUAUCGCAAACUCUGGAUGUGAGACCGAAUCCUCCCAACCCCGUCGCACAUCUCGCAUUACUACUCCUGUUCGAUUGGAACUCGGUAUGAUUCAACCAUCACAGGAUGGUCGCUGUGCUCUUUUUCUUCCAUCUCCUCAACUACCUCCUUCGAAUGGAAGCUCAGCUCCCAAUCCAACUGGCCGCAAACGAGCCCGAUCCACCUCUAGAUCCGACUGCGAGACUGUUGUGAGUCACAUCGCCCCCAAACAGGCUGAUCGAUCCAACCGAAGUGGUAUCGAAAGAAUGAAGACUGUCAGGCAGAAAAAUACCUCAUUUCCCCAAACAAAAGGAAAGAAAGCUAUUCCCACCGCUUCUACAGCCACCUCAGGAACUUCCAACCGAGCCGAAAGCGUCGCUCCUUUGGUACCAAGCCAAGGCCCUUCCGCUAACCUGCGCCAAGACUCUGACGAUGAGAACGCUAGGAUUCGUAAAAAAUCUAAGACUUCUCAAUCAAAGACUUCUCAACCCACUGGCGACAAGCAGGACGUCUAUGAUGAUGUUGAAUUAUACUAUGGUGAACCAACUUGUGGUCCAGAUGAUUUUAGCUGA